UAAAUAAAUAUAAAAAACGGGAAAUGAUAAUAUAAUCAAUACUGAGGAUUCUCUUGGCCUUGACCUUUCAGAAAAGUAAAUGGUUCUGGUCUAUGCCAAAUCAUAUGACUUUUGCACGUGAUCUGACAGAUUAUUUACAUUUAUUGAAAUCAAAGUGUUUUCAAAGUUUUAAAAACAACAUUUUCUAAUUAGAUUUGCGAUAACAUGUUAAGAAAGUCCCGCCAUGAAAAAAUAGUGAAAUGUUACGUGUGACGCAAUGGCAUUAUUCGACAAAUUGUUUUCUCUCAAGAGAAAACUUGAUGAUCGCGAUCCCCGAUACCGCGACAGGUCUUGUCAGAUAAAUCCGGAGCAAGUGCGGCUGCUUCUAUUCAAAGAGUGCGAUUGGAGAGGCAGGAAACUCCUUUUCGAUUCCGCUGCAAUACAGAAGGUACCAGCUGGUAAAAAUGACAAGCCUUGUGCAAGACCGUCUGAUGAGGUGCCGUGUAUCGUGGAGGUAUCCGAUGGAUUCAAAUAUCUGUACAAGGGACCGGCGGCCGACGCGAACGUUCUCGGUGAGAUGAUAUUCGGAGCAGUCGCUAUGAACUACAAGAGCGUAUCAUUGAAAAUCCAUAUCAUGGAUGAACCAAGAAGGUUGAUGUGCACGAAAGUAUUUUGUGUACCAUCGCGGCGGAUCACACGGGUUGUUAACCCAGAGAGGAAAGACGCCAGUGGUUGUGAGGCGGGUGACAGGUCCAAACCGCUCAGCGUUCCCCUAGUCAGAGAAGAAGGAGUAUCGUUAAGCUUCUCACUGGAUAGAGGAGACUCGGGUUAUUACGGGGACUAUUCUCCAUACAGCAGUGUCGGGUCCACGAAUGAUUAUUUCUCAAUGUGUGACAUUUGGGAAAGUAAUAACCAAGAGGAGUUCUGCUCAUUUCAUUUACCACCGGGCAGAAAAUUGAGUUCGUCAAGCAACGGUAGUUGGCAACGCAGAACCUUUCAAAACAUGGCCACUCGGUUUGACCUCGGACAUCAAAGUACCAAUUUGCUCGGAGUUCCCGCACGUAACAGCAAUGUUGCCGGUUCCGAUUCACAACUGUACCGCAGCAGUACGACGAGCGGUACUAGUGACAGCAUAUCGAGUACGGGAUCUGCGAUGGUGCAUCGGAAGAACAAGCUCGGUCUGGCCUUGUUGAUCAGUGCUGCCGAUUCUGCGCAAAUCGACGUGGUGCGGCGAUGUCUGGAACAUUCUCCGCAACUGCAGACCCUGGUUUGCCGGUUGAGGUUGGCGACGCUGACGGCCGGCGCGACCGGCGGCCGAGUGUCUACCUUGUAUCGUGCGGCGGAACAUGCGGCCAGAUGGUUGUCGGAUCUGGUGUACGGGCCUCGUCUCCAGCCGAUGUGGUUAAAUCUAGUCACGGGAGACUCUCGGAGCUCCAACAAGUUAGCCGAGUCGCUGCUGUCCGAUCUCUGCUCCGUACUGACCCUGGGAGACACCAAGAGUACCAAUUUUUUCAUCAGCACGUUACUGACGCACGUGCUUACCUACCACCUGGGCUGGGUCGCGACCGUGAGUCCGUACGAUACUGUGGACCACCAGGCGCGGCCACAGGACACCGCACCAGACUCCUGCAAGCCGUACAACGCGCUUUGGGCCCAACUCAACGAUCUCUGCGGAAGCAUCGGCUUCCCACCCCGCACCGCCCGAACCAUCAUCACCGGUACCAAAAACACGCAAUUCCUCAACAAACUCCUCGUCGUACUCACCUACUUCCUGCGCUGCGGUGACGUCAGAAGAAACGAGUUCCAUUACCAAAGCACCAAACUCCAAGAAAGCAAAGUCGUUAGUGUUACUCCCGAAAGUGCAACCCUCAAAAGGACCGCAACACACGUGAACAAACUAGCGCAGUGCGAAACUGAAAGUUUAACAGUGCCGUCAGUGAAUACUCAGAACAGUGAUAGUAGUGUCAGUACGUUAGCGGCUAGCGAGGUCAGUAUCAAGAGAUCGUCCACGCUCGCCAACCUAGGACAGAAGCUCUCUAAUAGCACUGAGUUCUUAGCGAAGGAUUGCAGCUCGACAAGCGACCUCCUGGUUACCAACCAACUCAAGAGGAACCCGACAAUGAUAUUGUCGUUGAAGCCCUCUUCAGAUUCUAGUCUAAAUUCGUCGCUUUCGGAGAACGAAACAGAAGAGCAAAAGGUCGUGUUCGUGCUCGGCGAUAACGACAAACUAGUAGGGCUGAAAAACAAGUCGGCUGGCGGUAAAUGUGUAAAGAAGUCUUCCAAAGUCAACAACGAACCCCUAAACCUUGAGACACCUGAAGUCACGACUGAUUCAUGUACAAAAGAAGGCUGUGAGAAGGACAAGCGGGCUGACAGUCCGUCAAAGUGCUGCGGGCAAACGCUUCAACAUUCCAAACCUAUCAAACAUUCCGGUUUUAAGUUCGAGUUCGAUAAGUACCCUCAGAUAGUCACUAAUUAUAUGAAGAGCAAAAACUUAGAGAUAUUAGAUAGACAUUAUAUCGGGAAACCGGGGAAUUUGAAGCUGGACAACUUCCAGUUUGACCCGACGAUCGUGCCGCCGAUACAGGAGGAGAGGUGCGAGACUUGUGUCAAGUGUCAGAUGAUGGAGUCCAUGUUACAAACACCAACCAACGCUUCUGAAAUGGAGUACAUGAACGACAUCCCGCGUCAAUCGGAACCGCAGUACGCUAAGGCGACUGUCGUGGAGGAGGUAGCACCUCAUAGAGAAAUGUCUCCUAAGACUUUUGUUAGACGGCAGGAAGAGAAUACUGUUGUUGUAAAUGUUAAGGAGUGCGAGGAGGUCAAGCGGCCUGAGGACAGGCGGGUAGGGAGGCGAAAGGAGAAAGAUAGGGUGGUGGAAGUGAAGCAAGUUUGUGAGUUCCCCACGGGAGAGCUGCAGCCGGCGCACGCGCAGCCGCGGUCAGGCUUCGACGGGUCGCUGCUCGGCGCGCUCACCGAUCACUAUGUACCUGAUUUAAUUUUACAAGGAACUAUCGCUAAACCAAAUGCGUGGGAGAGUGAGCUGCGGCGGGACUUGGACCUGACGUCAUACCUUAGCAAGACGACCGACUCCACAGUACAGGCUGUCGCUAUCAUUGGAGACAUCAAUAACUGGCAAGUGCGCGUAGUAGGUGGUCAGAGCGGGUCUGGCGGUAUGUCGUCGUUGGUGGGCGCCAUGUUGGACACUCUGCCCGCUAUGUUCCGAGCUCGAGUCCCCGCACAACUUUGCAUUUCUUUCUUGGAAGGCAAGUUGCGGGAAUUCUGCGUCCUCUCCAAGACAUUAGCGGACAUGCUAAUGUCUACCGAUUUCUGCGACAUCGCCACAUUAACUAAGUCUCUGAACAUCGACGUGAAUGACGUACCUUUACUGCUAGCAGUCGCUACCACGCACACGCCACAAGUAGCCACAAGAUACGGACUGAGUUAUGGAUGACAGUAGUAAAUGUUUUUCUGCUAAUCAGAUGUUGGUAGAAUAAAUUACUUGUUUGUUUGAGCUGGGUCUCAUAUAGAUUACUUGGUGGUCCAAGGAAGGAGGCCCGGACCAAGUUGUUAGUUACGCCUCAUUCGUAAUGGCGUUUUUUUAACGUCGCGGUUGUAAAGCUUUUUAGGCGUUCUUGCUCCGUUGUUGACAGUGUUUCCUCCGUAUAUGCGUAUGCAAGUCAUAUUACUACUAGCUUUAACUAAAAUCUAUUUUGAACAUGUUCACUCAAAUGAAUGAACUUGAUUAAAUGUUCAAACUACAGCGAAAAUUGUGCAUUGAAAUUAUAUAUCAAAUAUUUUAAAAUAAAUGUCGUACGUAGUUAUGACGUAGGCUUAUAUAAAAGGGGUAAAGGUCAAUCCGAGAUAAAAUAUAAUUACUCCCUUGACGUCACUCAUAGUAUUUGAGUGUGUCAUUGCACUGCGUAGUAAAAUUGCGUGGUAAAAUUCCUUGUCAAUGUACCAAAUUUAUUGUUGGUUUUGGGAAUUUAUAUAUCCGGUAUUUAGAAACACGAUUGUGUGACGUCAGGUUAUUUUGCAUUGUCUCUUGUUGGCUAUGAAAGAUUCAUGGACAGGGAGUGGAAUUUUGUCGGUGUAGUUCAAAUUUUCUCAUCAUAUUUGAAUAUGAAAAUGCGUUUCAAUUAUUAUGUUUCAAAACAUUACUGUUUCUACUGUACAUUAUAUUUAUACAAUCGACAUUUUCUUAGGGUUGUGACAUAAAAACCCUACGAUCAAAACGUCUAAAUAUAUAAAAAUAAUUCUGACGUCACAUUUUACACGUGUUCAAGUAAACGUGAACGUUACUUUGUUGUUUAGCUUCGCACAUGCAUUGGCUGUCAACUUUAGGACUUGACAGGAUUUAUUACGCUGUUAUUAAAAUAUAUUUUUUUGGCAACUACGACUGUCAUGGUUUUUAGAAUACUAUUUUCUUAUAUUGAAGCUAGAUGAAAAUGAAAAAAACAUUUUCAUGUUUCAAGUAACUAUUCUACUAGAAUCUGAUUAAGUAUCGUUAUUAAAUAACAUUGUCUAUAUUCCUUAAAACAUUAAUAAGGAAACGCAAACAUUUUAUUAUGAAUAAAAAUGAGCUAAAAUUUAGCAUUAUAUUUAAACAUGUAGAUGCUUCACACUGUCGGUAGAUGGCACUGUAUUUCUUAUAAAAGUAAAAUGUUUUUAAAAUUAAUUAGUGGGCAGCUUGGAGCGUCUAAAAGCAGGCUUUUAGUGGCCUUGGGAUACUACCACUUCUUCAACAGUCUGUUGCAGUUGUGUAAAAGAGAUGCCGCACUAUGCUUAGUAGCGUGCUUUCUCUCUUCCACAAUUCCGAUAGAUUUAGUUCAAAAAGUUGUAGUUCCUUUGCGCAAUCGAUGUCGUGUAUUGAUCAGACAACGUUGUUAAACGAAAUUAAUAUUAUGAAAUGCAUAAUAAAAAGUAUUAACGAAAAUAUACUUCUUGCCAUAAAAAAAAAACUAUUUGAUAUUUGACAAAUACGUAUUUUGCUAUUAAAAGUUUUGAUUGGAAGUAUAAUUUUAUUCAUGUGGACGCAUUGCGCGGAUCUGUGAUGUUUUAUUUAAUUGUUUAGAAUGGAAUUAUUUGUAUUAUACGUAUUCGCUGCGGGCAAAGUCCAGGAAACGAUUAGCUCAAUAUACACCGGACGAAGAAAUUAUAUAAUUAUUAUUUAAUAUUUUGGACAUCGUCCAGUGUAUGCUGACACUUUACUGGACUUUACCCACAGCUGUAUCUAUGAUUGUGAUAAAUCGUGAAAUAUUAUUGGAAUGUUAGUUUAAUGUGAUUUGAGAUCAGUUGAGGUUUUAAAAAGCCUAUGUAUUGUGAUAGUCAAUUAAAUUUUAUAAAUUUAUUUAUAUAUCGAUGGCUCAAAAGCUAUCGGAGAUAUUUACUUUAUAUAAGUUGCGGUGUCGAUGCACAAUAUGUUCAGUUAGCAUAGUCAACACUGUAAAGGUCUUUUUGGCAGCUGAUUAUAGAGCUGUUGUAUUAUGGGCACUUCAAUCGAAUAUGAACUCUAUUUUCAGUUCAAUAAUGAUCAAUUUCGUAUUCGAUCCCUUUGAAGGUUUAUGCGAAUGUGAACACCAUUGUUUUGAGAAUAAAGUUCAUUUUCGAAUGAAAAGCUCACAUAAAUUUCUGACUCUGUUCCAUACAUAGGUAAAAUAAGUAUUAGAAACAUUCAAUGUUCUGCUAGUAAUCGCUGCUGAGACUUAGAAAACUGAACAAAUAAUCAAGACUAAUUAUAAAAUAAUUAUAAUAUCCUUCACAAAAAUAAUACUCAUCGACUUUAUGAUUAUAGUAAUUGGGAAUAUUUUUGCCUACCAACAUGUCUUUAAGUAAUAUUAUUACAGGUGUGGAAAAGAGACGGCGCUCUACAUGAAUGCCCUAUCUCGCUUCCUCCACUGGACUUUUAUUUCUUCUAAGGGAUGUCGGUAGG